UCACAGCGCGUCUCGGUUUGAACAAGCUUUCACCUGUCACUUUCCCAGAUUUCGCCUCUUCUUUUCUGCUGUUGGUACCAUUCACUGCUUUCCAGACACAGUGUCGUUUUUCCUUUUUUGUUUGUGGGGGUUAUUUUUUCACACCUUCAACUUUAUGGACCGGCUACUGCGCUUCGACCUGCUGGAGGGCUGCGGCCGCUGAUAACAGGUUGCUCCCAGCUUUCUGACCGGUUUCCGCCAUGCGUUAAAGACACGAAGACUUUUGGGUUUGGCUCUGGGAGUCUGACUCCAUGUAACAAAGUUGGCCAGCAGGAUUUCCCCCCCCUCCCCGGCGACCUCACAGCUGAAAGUGCCGCAGCUUCACCUGUUGUGUUCCUCUUGUCGGUGAGGGAAAGAGAAAGUGGACCAUUCCCAUUUCGGUUCUUUUAACGGAUUGAGGAUCCAUGAUGAGUAAACCCACCGGCUCCACAAGUGGCUGUUUGGAUAUUCUGAAUGUCAAAUCAAGUCGUAUUCUAGACAUCCCCUGCAAAGUGUGCGGCGACCGCAGCUCAGGGAAACACUACGGUGUUUACGCCUGCGACGGUUGCUCGGGAUUCUUCAAGAGGAGCAUCCGCAGAAACCGGACUUACUUGUGUAAAUCUGGCUCACAGGGUGGCUGUCCCGUUGACAAAACGCACAGGAACCAGUGCCGAGCGUGUCGUUUGAAAAAGUGUCUGGAAGUGAACAUGAAUAAAGACGCCGUUCAGCAUGAAAGGGGGCCCCGGACAUCCACCAUCCGCAAACAGGUCGCGCUGUAUUUCAGGGGCCACAAGGAGGUGAACGGAUCCUCCACGCAUUUCCCUGGUUCCUCACUCCCCGGACCCCCUUUCUUCACCACAGUCACGCAGCUGGAGCCUCACAAUCUGGAGAUGAGCUCAGUGGCCACCACACCGGAAAGGCAGGCCAUCGUUGGUCUGGCACAGCCAACCCCCAAGUACCCCCACGAGGUCAGUGGGACCCCCAUGUAUCUCUAUGAGGUGGCAACAGAGUCGGUGUGCGAGUCUGCAGCGCGCCUGCUAUUCAUGAGCAUCAAGUGGGCAAAGAGUGUGCCCGCCUUCUCCACCCUCCCAUUAUCGGAUCAGCUGAUUUUACUGGAGGAUGCAUGGAGGGAAUUGUUUGUUCUGGGCAUUGCGCAGUGGGCCAUUCCUGUGGAUUCCACCACUCUUCUCGCCGUUUCCGGACUGAACAGCGAAAACAUGGAGGCUCAGCGGAUGAACAAGAUCAUGACUGAGAUCCAAGCGCUGCAAGAGGUGGUCACCAGGUUCAGACAAAUGCGUCUUGACGCAACAGAGUUCGCCUGUUUGAAAUGCAUCGUGACGUUCAAAGCAGUUCCAACGCAAGGCAGCGCCGAACUAAGAGCUUUCCGCAACGCGAGCGCAAUCGCUGCGCUCCAAGACGAGGCGCAGCUGACUCUCAACAGCUACAUACACACCAGGUAUCCCACCCAGCCCUGCCGCUUCGGCAAGCUCCUGCUCCUCCUGCCUGCGCUGCGUUCCGUCAGCCCCUCCACUAUAGAGGAGGUGUUCUUCAAAAAGACCAUCGGAAACGUUCCCAUCACCAGGCUCCUCUCCGACAUGUACAAGUCCAGCGAUAUAUGAACCCUUUCCCAAACCGUCCGCGCGCAAUGCUCAGCAGGUGCAGCUGUGGGUGGAACUUUCCCCCCUUUUUCUUGCAGUGGACACACUUAUUAAAAGUGCAAAAACUGCAGCAGAUCACCAGAUAGCCUGUUAACAGCUGCGCUAGUUGAGGAUUAGCAUGUAGCGCCCUUGCCUGUGUCUGAAAACAGAAGUUUUUGCGGACUGAGCUUCGCCUUAAGACUGAGAGCGUCUGCCAGACCCCCUUUUGAGACUGAAUUGUUAAAUGUUACGAUGUUAUUCGAGUCUGUGAGACCAAUGAGCUUGACGACCAAUUCAAUCUUUUAAUUCUUCAACACCCCCCGAUGGAGGAAACCAAAAAGAUGAGGCGCGGACAGGCGCUGUUCCUCCAUCCAGUGCUGAAACCAAACGCACGGCGCAGAGGAGACGAGACGAGACGCCUGCGCAAUGUGGAAAACAAUCAAAAGACUGUGUUGCACAGCCUUCCCCCCCAACACACAUACGCAUUUCCUCUGACCUUAAUUAACCCGAGGAGGGUGUCUGUCUUUCAGUGGUUAUACUGUCCUGUUCGUGUCGGUGUUUGAGGCGCAGCAUUAAAAAUGCUUGCGGGUCAGCUGUGUUACGUUCAGACACGACCACCAGAUACAUCCAUGUUCAGCACUUGGAGAUGUUUUUUUGUGGCCUGUGAUGUUUUACUUUUGUUGUAAAUAUCUGGAGUUAUAACUAUUUAGAGUUGUAACAAUCAUAAUAAAAGAUUGUAAAUCCA